UCAAGAGAUCGUAUCACAUGGGACUUGGAAGAGAGCACCGUCAAGACACUCGUCGGCAGCCAAUCAGGAAACGGGAUUGUCAAGCUCGAUUCCACCUUCAAGAUGCCCGAGCCCAAAAUCGAGCACUACAACGGAAUGGCGUUGAACUGCGAGGAAGCUCCGUUGGAUGUGGACAUCAAGAAUGGUGGCAAAGUUGUGGUUCUCAACACUAAGAAUCUACCGUUGGUCGGUGAAGUUGGGCUCGGUGCAGAUCUUGUUAGGUUAGACGGUAGUGCAAUGUGCUCUCCAGGUUUCUCUUGUGACUCUGCUUUGCAGGUUACUUACAUUGUAAGGGGAAGUGGCCGUGUCCAAGUUGUCGGUGUCGAUGGGAAACGUGUGCUCGAGACGAGGCUUAAGGCUGGUGAUCUAUUCAUUGUGCCUAGGUUCUUUGUUGUCUCCAAGAUUGCUGAUCCCGAGGGUAUGGACUGGUUCUCCAUCAUCACUACUCCAAAUCCUAUUUUCACUCAUUUGGCUGGACGGACUUCAGUUUGGAAGGCGCUUUCGCCCGAAGUUCUACAGGCGGCUUUUAAUGUUCCGGCAGAUGUCGAGGAGAAAUUCACCUCAAAGAGGAAGGCUGAGGAGAUCUUCUUUCCACCACCAAAUUAA